AUGGCUACAACAGUGGCACUUGAUACUAGCAUGGGCACCAUCACGGUCGAGCUCUACACAGAACACGCGCCUCGCACGUGCCGCAACUUUGCGACGCUCGCGGAGCGUGGCUACUACGACGGCACGGUGUUCCACCGCGUCAUUGCCGACUUUAUGGUGCAGGGUGGUGACCCGACGGGGACCGGUCGCGGGGGCGAGAGCAUCUACGGAGCCAAGUUUGAGGACGAGAUCGCGCCGGCUUCGAGCAAGCUGCAGCUGAAACACACAGGGGCAGGCGUUUUGAGCAUGGCGAACGCGGGACCGAACACGAACGGAAGUCAGUUUUUCCUCACGCUGGCGCCGACGCCGUGGCUGGACGGCAAGCACACAAUUUUUGGGCGGGUGCAGUCAGGGAUGGGUGUGCUCCGGCGGAUGGGGCAGGUCGCGACGGAUGCUGAGGACCGGCCGCGGGAAACGCUGCAGUUGAAGAAGGCGCGAGUGACCAAGCCGGAGGAGGAGUAG